GGAUAGCAGUUUACCAUUUUAUAAAACUAAACGGUCCAAACAGCAUCAUGGGAGUAAUAAAGAUAUUUUUUCUUGGUGUCUUGAUAUCCAUUUGUAACGCGAAACCAUCUCAUCUAAACUACCAAAAUAAUCUUGGGCAGUAUAGUUUUGCUUAUAAAGGACCAUCAGCAAUUCGUUCCGAGCAUCGAGGUGCCGAUGGAGUUACACGUGGGAGGUACAGUUACGUCGACCAAAAUGGUUUAGUUCAAACCGCCGAAUACGAAGCUGGGGAUAAUUUAGGUUUUCGUGUCAGAGCUUCAAAUUUACCUGAGGCUCCCCUACCAAUUCAAGAUACUCCUGAAGUAUUAGCUGCUCGAGAGUUUCAUUUGCAAUUACUUGAUGAAGUACAAAGACGUGAAAACAAUCAUAGAUCGCUGUCCAUAAAUGAACAUUCGAAAACCAACUUAAAAUCUAAAGAAUUGAACGAAGAAAAAAAAGAUUCACCGAUACUUUCAACUGAUAUUAAUAAGAAUGUAGCAAUUGGUGGUUUGAAGAUUUCAUCACAGAAUCAGGGAAUAGCUUCACGUAGCAAUUUGAAUCAACCCAUUGAUACAUUACCUCCAAAUUUACAUGUACCAGUUACUGAUACACCUGAAGUUGUUGCAGCUCGUGAAGCACAUUUUCAAGCUUACAAAACCGCAGCUAAACUUGCAGCAGAAAGCGCAGAAAAACCUCAAGUUACAGCUGCUGACAAUGAAAAACAAAAUGAUAUAUCAAAAAGAGUUAACUCCGAAUUGACAAAAUUGCAAGGUGACAAAAUCAAUCAUCAUGAUGGGAUUCCUAUAGUACGAUCAGGUUUAACCCCUGCAAGUACAACUUUAAAAAUUGUGGAUAUUAAUGACCCAAUAAUAAAUGAAUUAAAUCCAAAUUCGUACAGGACUAGUGAAUAUCCUAUUCCAGUGCCAGUUUCGCACAUCGCAUUAUCAAAUGGACUCCCGUUCAUAUUACCAUCAGCUCUAGCAAACUCUGCUUUUCAUUACGUUUAUUUAUAAAAUGAACGAAUAAAUUGAGAAAUUUAGAAUCAAAAAUCUCGCAAAAAUGGGAAAACACUCUAAAAAUAUCCGAAGAUGCUGAAAAUUUGUUCAGAGGUCAUCAUCACGUACCUGCAACUGCAAUAAUCCCUGCCGUGGGUGGUGGUCCAACUGUAAUUUAUCAAGUACCACCUGCAUUAUAUUUUUUACAAUUUGUUUUUUCAGCAUUUCAAAACACUUUUGCUGCUCCUCCUCCUCAAUCUCAAUCUCCAAAUAACUUUUUUAAAAUAUUUAACUAUUAAGAACUUAAAAUAAUUUGAUUAACUAAGAUUUAUUGUUCAUUCAAUCGCUUUCUAAAUUUUAAAACAUAUUUGAGUAAAUAAUAAUAAAUUAAUUAGUAUGUAUGCCAAUUAUAGGCAUAAUGAUAAGUUUUAAAAUAAAAA